GAAUGCCGCUACUGCGAGGCACGUUUCAAUCCGUGAGGUUUCCUUCCACACCGACACGGCCACCGUCCACGACACCGCAUUCAGCACCACAAAAAGAAACAUCGAACCACUAUCUCCAAAGCAAUCCAACACCAUGGCGUCUUCCAACACCAAGAGUGACGACGACGACAAGAUGAAAUCAGCAGCAGUAUCCGAAGAAGAUAAUGUCCUGGCUAGUUUGGGAACGACCCGUGCGGAGACGUCCAACUACGAGUCGACUGUGUUGCGUCAAGCUACCCACAGUUUGGCGCCCACGUUGGACGUGGACGAUGACAGCGAAGAAGCCUUUCGAUUUCCCGAUUUUAUCUCGAGUACGUCGUUGUUGCCCUUUCCCAAUCAAUCGAAAGCCAAUCGAAAGGUUGUUAUCAGCAUGUUGACCAAGUUGCAGACGCAAAUGAAACAGCAACUUCUAAAUACUACUAACGGUACAAAUAGUGCCAAUGCGCUCCACUUGCUGACCAUGAAGCAACAAAUGCUCCUUAGCAUGUUGGGCCGACACAGUAAAAAGCCAUCCAUUCAAGCGCUAUGGAAAGAGCAAGAGUCGCUGGAGAAACUCUAUCAGCAAGCGGAACGACAGCCACAACAACAACCACGCAAAAGAAUUUCCAUGAUGGCGCGCAAACAAAUACCAGGGGCGGCCAGUUUGGCCAAGGCGACACAACAACUACUCAAUAAGAAGAACAACAAACAAAGAAAAGCAUGGAAAGAUUGGUCGUCUGACGAAGAAGAAGAAGCUGAUGACCAGCAGCCAAAACUCACCAAGGUGGCCAACGGGGUCUUGGCCGAAAUGAACUACAGCCGCCGACGCCAGCAACAACAACAAGACAAUGGCAAGGGAACUCUCCGAAAACGAUUAAUGGCGGGAAAGCCACAAAAGAAACGAAGGACUGCUGUAACUAGUAGAACCAAGAGACGGAAAAGCCAACAGUCUGUUUCUUCGGCCAUGAAUGCCACUAACCGACCCAGACGAAACAACCGAACCCCCGUCAAAUCGUAUAGCGAAGAGGGAAAUGAGUUGCAAGAGGCCGAGGCGGUUGUGGUCAUGGACACAGAAGACAAUGAAAAGGAUCAAGAGAUUGAAGUGGUGAUUAUGGAAACAGAAGGGAAGGAAAUAGUUGAGAAAGAAAUGACAGACGAGACUGUGGGAAGAACAACCGAUAAUGACGACGACCAGCCACACGGGGAGGACACAACAACAAACAAUGACGAGGCCACGACUACUAAUGCUACAGUAGUAGUAGAAGAGGAAGACAGCAACAACAAUACGCAAGAUGAGUCAGCACAAGCAUCCACGGCAACCUGUCCUUUGUGCCAAAAGACAUGGAAUGUGUCGGGUUCCGUGGACGAGGAGUUGUCGCAACACAUGCUGCAAUGUCAAACCAAUAAUACAACUGGCCGUUCUAGUCGACGACGACCACAGAGAGCUUCGGCCAGCAAGCCCAUUAGUUACAAAGAGGGCGAUGAUGAUGACGACGACGACGUUGUCAUGGGGCAAGACGAAGAAGCAGAAGAAGUUGAAUUACAGCCUGCAAAAAUAACCAAGCGCAAAAUAUCAGCCAUCAGUGUAGAAGAGCAAGCAGAAUUUGAAGGUGAUGCCGAUAUUGAGGAGGAUGAAAAGGACCAAGAUGACACUGAAGGAGAUGUUGACUCUCAAGGGGACAUGAUCGACGAAGAAGAAGACGAGUUAGACGAAGAAGCUUCCCUGGAAAAGCCAACCGCUAGAGACGACUACAGGCUUGAUGACUACGAAGACCGAGUCGAUUACUGGAGGCUGCAUGGAGUGUCGGAAAUGAAAGACAUGUCGCAAUUGAGGGCCGAGGGAGAAACGGAUCCUGGGGCAUGGACUCUGGAUCGUGGUUUCAGCGUACCUGCUUGGAUGAACAAUCGACUUUUUGCGUAUCAGAGAACUGGGCUCGAAUGGAUGUGGACAUUACAUCAACAACAAGCAGGCGGGGUAAUGGGCGACGAGAUGGGACUUGGCAAGACGGUUCAGGUCAGCAGCUUCUUGGGAGCCAUGGCUUCCUCGCGAAUGCUCAAGGGUGUGCUCGUCAUCUCACCGGCAACCAUGCUGCAGCAUUGGCUCUCGGAGCUUGCCGUUUGGGCCCCUGGAUUGCGACGAGUACUUCUGCAUUCGUCGGGAGACAACUCCAACGGAGGCACACUAGAAACCAAUCGAAACAUAGUCAACCAAGGACCAGCAAUAUUCCGCAACUUGCGCGAUUGGUUGAAAGAGGCCAGGAGAGAGCGCCUCUAUGAAAGGAUUGAUGACCCAGACGGGGAAGAAGACGAUGAGCCUGAAGAUUCGUUUUGUGGCACUGGAUAUGUGGUGGUGACAACAUACGAACAUGUGAGGAGGCAUCAGGAGACAUACGUGAACCAUCCUUGGUCCUAUGUUGUCAUGGACGAAGCACAAAAGAUCCGAAAUCCACAUGCAGAUAUCACGUUGGCUUGCAAGCGACUAAGAACGCCACAUCGCAUCGCCAUGACUGGAACUCCCAUUCAAAACGAUUUGAAAGAGUUGUGGUCCUUGUUUGACUUUGUUUUCCCUGGGCGGUUGGGGACUUUGCCUGCUUUUGAGGAAGAGUUUGCUGCGCCCAUCAAACGAGGUGGUUACUCCAAUGCUUCUCCGGUCCAAGUUCAGCUGGCGUACCGUUGUUCGUUGGUUCUUCGAGAUCUUAUUGAUGCAUAUAUGUUAAGGCGUCAGAAGUCCGAGAUCGCAGAGGUCCGUCGAAUGCCUUCCAAGGAAGAGCACGUACUCUUCUGUCGGUUGAGCAAACGACAACGCAGAAUGUACGAGGCCUUCUUGGAAUCUGACAUGGUCAAGCGAAUCUUCAAAGGAAGCUCUCUCUUGUUUGCAGCAGUCACCAUGUUGAGAAAGAUCUGCAACCAUCCAGACUUGGUUUUGUCAGAUCCUUCCGACGCAUCCUUGGAAGCCUUCUUGCGGAACGGCUGUGUUCCUGAAGAAGCGGCGAUUGGUGAUGAAGAUGAGGACGAGGAUGAUAGCGAGGGCCACGAUGCAUUCCCAGACGCAGGAUCGGAAGACGACCUGGCAGAGCGUUCGGGCAAGUUCGAGGUUCUUUCAAAGAUUUUGCCCCUCUGGAAGAAGGAGGGUCAUAGAGUGCUUAUCUUUAGCCAGUGGACAAAGAUGCUAAACAUCAUUCAGGCAUGGGUGGUUUCCCAAGGCUGGAACUUUCUGCGACUAGAUGGCAAAACGAAUGUAGCUUCGCGGCAGAAACUCGUGGACCAGUUCAACUCGGACACGAGUUACUUUGGUAUGCUGUGUACCACUCGAACCGGUGGGGUAGGAUUGAAUCUGACGGGGGCCAACAGAUUGAUCCUGUAUGAUCCAGAUUGGAAUCCACAAACUGACGCUCAAGCCCGCGAACGAGCUUGGCGUUUUGGUCAAGAGAAGCAAGUUACCGUGUAUCGCCUUUGCACGGCGGGCACCAUUGAAGAGAAGAUCUAUCAACGUCAAAUCUUCAAGACUGCGUUGACCAACAAGGUUCUUCAUGAUCCACGCCAAAAACGGUUGUUUUCGCAAAAAGAUCUUCACGACUUGCUUACGCUAAAGCCUGACAAUGGCAAGGUUCGAGAGGGCGGCACUAGUAUCGAAACUGCCCAAACCAUUGCGAGGGCAAGCAAAAAUGAAGAUAUGGAGGAUUCCACUACCACCAAAGGCGGUGACAAUGAAACGCUCAAGAAUGUGCUGAAAAGCAAGGGGUUGGCCGGAGUCUUUGACCACAACUUUGUGGAUGCCUCAUCUUCCAAUGGCAAAAAGUCUGCAUCCGUCCGCGAAAUGGAGGAAGAGGCCAAGCGCAUUGCGGCCGAAGCGGCAGCAGCGCUCCAAUCCAGUGUGAACGAUGAAGAGGAUCCAUUUACACCGACAUGGACGGGAGGCUCCGAAUCUCGUUUUGGCGGUGGCAGUGGCGGUCCCGAAAAGAAGCGUGCUAGCGCGUCGUUUGGAGCCGCCGAAACUGCCGGAGUCCGAGGCGCAAGUAGCAAGUCUUCGGGGAGUCUCCUGGCAUCCCUUCGUCAACGAAACGAGGCGGUCCAGUCGGGUGGAAAGCGCCGUCCCAGUUUGAAUGCUGCUGGUGACAGUGGCAGUAAGAAUGGCAAUAACAAGUACACCAAGUUGAUGAUGCGGCUUCGGGUGUAUGUCCGCGAGAAGAACCCCACAUCCGAUGAGAUUCUGGACGCGUUUUCGUCUGUGGGCGACGACGACGCUGCCAUUUUCAAGCGUCUGUUGAAUACGGUGGCCCGAAUCGACAAGGGGCGAUGGAAGCUCAAGCCCGAGCAUGCAUAGGCUAGUUAUAGAAAAAGCUCGCCAAUAGAUAAUAAUGGUCGAGGAGGAAGAAAGUAAGUUGUUGUCUGC